CUUUUUCAAUCAGACCAUACAAAUUUCAUUUCUAAAAAUCAUAAAAAAAAAAUAAAAUACUUUACUAAAUCCCAAAUAUCAAAUCAACGAUUCAAACUCGAAACGAUGUCGAUCGUUCCAAACUUCUUCGGUAACCGUCGAUCAAACGUUUUCGACCCAUUCUCGCUCGACGUAUGGGACCCAUUCGACGGCUUCCCAUUCCCAUUCCCAACCAACAACAACUUCAAUUCCCUUGCCAACCGGGUCGGAUCGUCCGAAACCUCAUCAUUCGCGAGCGCCAACAUCGACUGGAAAGAAACCCCCGACGCACACGUGUUCAAGGCCGACGUGCCAGGGCUCAAAAAGGAAGAGGUGAAAGUCCAAGUGGAAGAUGAUCGGGUGCUGCAGAUCAGCGGAGAGAGGAACAAGGAGAGUGAAGAAAAGGGUGACACGUGGCAUAGGGUUGAGAGAAGCAGUGGCAAGUUUAUGAGGAGGUUUAAGUUGCCGGAGAACGCGAAAGUGGAUGAGGUUAAGGCUGCAAUGGAGAAUGGUGUGUUGACUGUUACUGUGCCCAAAAUUGAAGUUAAGAAACGUGAUGUCAAAUCUAUUCAGAUUUCUGGUUGAUUUCGUGCUUAUUUUCGAUAUCAUGACUGCCUGCUUUUUGAAUAAAUUGUUCGUGUUUAUGAAAUAUGAUGGUGUGGUUUUAGCUGUGAAUUAGGUUUUUCAAGCUGUACUGGCCUUUUGUGAAAUAAAAUUAAUCUACUACUCACCAGUUGCUAUCUAAA